UAAAACCAAAUAAUAAAUAAAUAUAAAAACAUAGUCAACUUUUCUUCUGGAAAAACGUGUUUUCUUUUAUUAUCUAAAUUUUUACAAUGCCUCUCGUAUGUAUGUACAUACAUACUUACAUAUAUAUGUACUAACGGAAGGAACUAAUAAUUCAAAGGCUCUACGCUGCUAAGCAUCAUAUGCGCAACAUAUUUACAAUCUCGUGGAAAUUCGAUCAGGUAAAUUCCCUAACACGCGAAACCGUAGGGUACUCAGGUAAAUAUAUUUUGCUGGCAAGAUGUCAAUUGGUCUCUGGCAAAUAUUAAUAAAUACGCAGCCAAGAGGCACUAGUCCUUUUAGUCAUGAAUCUAUCAUCAAGUUGACAUCGUUACCGCAAAAAAUAAAGUUAUCUUUUGAGAUAUUAUAACUAUAUAUUGUUGUAAAGUAAGACGAAAAUGCAUAAAGAAAUUACGUUUCUAAUAUUAAUAGUAUAGUAUAUAAUAAAUAAAAGUAAUAUAUGACUGUAUCAAUUACAUUUUAAAUGAGGAAACUGUAUAUGCACAUAAAAUGACAUUCAUUCUCAGCGCCAUCUAGCGCAUAAAUCAGAACGUCAAACUCAAAUUGUAGCGUCAUUUACUCUAAUUAGGCAGCACUGUUGAAGUGACAUUUAAUUUAAAAGAAAAAAGUUCUUCAAUUUAAACGCUUGUUAUGGAAGACGAUUUUCAAAUCGAAUUCAUGUCGCUGCCACUUGAAGAUCUUCAGGAUCAUUAUGGAAAAUUGUUUGAGCGCUAUAGGCAUAUGCGCGAUGAUGCGGAGGCGGACACACAGCGUAUCCAUGAGUUGAAACGUAAUCUGGAGACCGCCUAUGCUGCAGAAAAUUAUCUCUCGCAGGAAAUCGAGGAGCUAAUGCGAACGCUUGCGUCGAUUGAAAAGGAAAACAAAGGCAAAACAAAAGUGCAAACAGAGUUGGAAGAUUUGCGUAGACAACAUCACAUUUUAUCUACAGACUACUCCACAUUGCAGCAGGACUACGCGGCGUUGAGUGCUGAAAAUGCCGAAAUGCGUAAACAGUUAGAAACGGUAAAAUCAGCAAAAAGGUUGAGUACGUCGUCAAUAGUAGAUGCUGGAACAGAAGAGCUUACCAAUCGUAUAGCAUCACUGGAAGGAGAAAAUUUUGCGUUGAUGCAAAAAUUGGAAGAGUUUCAAGAAAGUAUGGUGCGGCAAACAAUGGCAUUGGCGGAAAGAGAGAGUAAUAUUGAAGUUUUACGAGAUCAAGUAACAUGCCUGGAGGAAAAUUUGCGUUCAAAACGUGAAGAUCUAGAUGAAAAGAUAGUUUUGCUUGAAAGUACCCAAGAACAUUUAGCAGAAGCUAAUGCGAGAUUGGCGAUGUUAGAAACAAAGCCAGAGAGUGUUGAUCGCAAAGGCAAUUCGCUCUUCGCUGAAGUGGACGAUCAAAGGCAAGCAAUGAAAAAACUGCUAGCUGUCCAAAAGAAAAGCUACAUAGAUAUGAAAAAAAUAUGUCAUGACAGUCAGUCAGAAAUAAGGCGAUUGAAGCGCGAAAAUAUUGCAAUGCACACAGAGCUUAAGGAGUGUAGUUCAAUUUUUUGUGCAGCUGAUCGUACAUAUCAAGACAAACUAAAUGAACGCAUUCGCCAACUACUCGGUCAAGUGGAAGGCUUAGAGAAGCAAUUAAAUGUGUCUCAGAAUCGACUACGUGACCUGGCCAACGAUAAGGGUGUUACGUGGCUUGAUUCGAUGCUGAGUUUCUGCAAACAAGAAACUGAUGAACUCAAGAGACAACUUCAUAGUGUGCAAAUACAAAAAGCCAGUGUAGAAGAGCAGCUACGCAACGUUCAACAGGAGAUGACAAGAUGGCGCUUCGAAGCAUUAAAAACGCGUUGUGUACUGCUCGACAGAGAGGAUCUUUUGACUGAGCACGGAGUUAAGUUCAAAUCUAUUCGUGCAAUAGAGUUUAAUAUUGCCCAGAAAGAACAGGAGACUGCACGACCUCGUAUUGUGCACGCAUCACCUGCCAUGCUAAAGGAAAGGGAACCACAAAUACUUUGCACAUCAUUAGGAGGCUUUAAGAAUGGGAAUACAUCAGCAAUAUGCAAGACAAUCUCUGGAAAUAUAUCAGCGAAAGAAGAACCCGAUGAUCAAAGUGACGACAAGACACCAACAUCCUUAAAAUCAAAUGUCGAGUGUAAAGAAAACAUUGGUACACCACAAACACAGCAGGAAUCAACUACUUCAAUAAAGACAGAACUUAGUUCUGAUAAAUAUUUGCAAGAGAGCAAUAUUAACAGCAAUUCUUUAGCAAACGAAUUGCAGAUGGUACUACCAAAGCAAAAUAAAAGAAAACCCCCUGGAUUGGACGCUCAACCGGGCCCUUCUAUUCUAUCUCAAAAAAGAUAUGCAUUCCCCACUGAAGAUUAUUGCGAGAAGAAUGUGCAGUUUCGUGCAGAGGGUCCUACUGUACAUGACAUUAGUGCAAAUGUCAGUAUUGUUUCAGAAAACACUAAUGGCAGUAUUAGUAAAGAAGGGCAACAGAAAGCCUUUAUUAAGGAGGUGCGCAAGAAACCAAACAUUAUUGUUCGUCAUGUGUUUGUGCCGUCGAAACGUAAACAAACGUAAAAAAGUUGUGUACUUUUACAGCUACUUAUGUCAAGGAAAAUGACCUAGGUGCAUAAAGCAAUUGGCUUGAGAACGAAAGUAACCUGAAUUGUAGGACCUAACAACUUAUUUGCUCCUGCUGGUUUGGUAAUCGAAUCUGUAAAUAAGUAUUUUGCAGUGCGUGAACUUUCCCCCCCUUUACAUUUCUUGAUCAUUAUAGCGAUUCUCAAAACUUUGUGUAACUAGUUGAGAAAUUAUAUGCAUAUACAUAUUGUCAUUCCAGUAUUUUACUGUAAUUUGUAGCUUUUAUCUUUUUGAAAAUAAAAAAAAUUUAGAUAAUACA